AUGUUAAAUGGUGAUAAUCUUUGUCUCACUCUCUCUCUCUCUCUCUCACUAUUUUUGGUUCUCAUUGUCUGUCUUUGGCUCUUCCCUUCUCUCUCUCUCUCUUCCCAUAUUUCACUCUCAAUUGCUAUGUGUUGUUCAUUUGCUAUUUAUUUAUCUAUCUAUCUAUCUAUCUAUCUGGAUCUUACCCUUUCAUUGGGAUUAUCUUAUCACCUUGUGGAAACACAAUCUUCCUUUCUGUAUAUCUAUCUACCUACCUUUCUGUCUAUCUACCUACCUUUCUCUUCCUUUCUCUCUACCUGUCUACCUUUCUCUUCCUUUCUCUCUACCUGUCUACCUUUCUCUUCCUUUCUCUCUACCUAUCUACCUUUCUUGUUCACUUUUUUAAAACCUAUCUUCCUUUCUCUCUAUGAAUUACCUCAUUCAUUUUCUUCUCUUAAAUUCUCUCUACCUAUCUACCUUUCUCUUCCUUUCUCUCUACCUAUCUACCUUUCUCUUCCUUUCUCUCUAUCUAAUUUUGCUUUUCUUUCUUUUUCUUUUUCUUUGCUUUUUCUUUUUCUUUCUUUUUAUUUUCUUUUUCUUUCUUUUUCUUUCUUUUUAUUUUCUUUUUCUUUCUUUUUAUUUUCUUUUUUUUUUUUUUUCUUUUUAAUUUCUUUUUCUUUUUUUCCGCUUUUUUCUUUUUUUUUUUUUCUUUCUUUUUCUUUUUCUUUCUCUUUCUUUUUCUUUCUUUUUUCUUUUUCCUUUCUUUCUUUUUUUUCUUUCUUUUUUCUUUCUUUUUCUUUUUCUUUCUUUCUUUUUCUUUUCUUUCUUUUUUUUUAUCUUUCUUUUUUUUUUUAUUUCUUUUUUCUUUUUUUUUUUCUUUUUCUUUCUCUUUUUUCUUUUUUCUUUUCUUUUUUUUUUCUUCUUUUUCUUUCUUUCUUUCUUUUUUUAAAUUCUUUUCUUUUUUUUCUUUCUUUUCUUUUUCUUUUUUUUCUUUUUUUCUUUCUUUUUUUCUUUUCUUUCUUUCUUUCUUUCUUUCUUUCUUUUUUUCUUUUUUUUUCUUUCUUUUUUCUUUCUCUUUUUCUUUUCUUUCUUUCUUUCUCUUUUCUUUCCUUUUUUCUUUUUCUUUCUUUCUUUUUCUUUUUUUUCUUUCUUUCUUUCUUUUUCUUUCUUUCUUUCUUUCUCUUUUCUUUUCUUUUUCUUUUCUUUUCUUUUUUCUUUCUUUUCUUUUUUCUUUUUUCUUUCUUUUUUUUUCUUUCUUUUCUCUUUUUUAAUUCUUUCUUUUUUUUUCUUUUUUUUUUUUUUCUUUUCUUUUUUCUUUUUUCUUUCUUUUUUUUCUUUUUUUCUUUUUCUUUUUUGCCAGAAGGAAAAUAA